AUGCUGCUCCUAAUAACAAUCUCUGUGCUGUUCAUCUACACGGUUAUCCUGAUCGGCUUCUUCAUGGGCUGGUGCACCUUGAUGCCGAACAUGUUUCAUCCACGCAAGGAAAUCCCGUUCUGCUCUGUAAAGUCGCCAAGACGCAGCACCAAAUAUGGCGAUCUCGAAUCUUCCAUUUCUAGCUCACUGUCUUUGGAAUAUGUGCAUCGCAGCCUGGAAUCACCCGAGAAGCUGGACAGGAGGCAUUCAAUGAAUAACAUGGCACCACUUCCUCUCAACGAUUAUUUGCAUCCAAAAUAUUCGUUGCCACCUAUAAAAAUUGAUAUUACCGAGCAACAGGUACAUAGUUGUGCAAUAAUUAAUUGA